CCCAGACUCUUUUUUCCCAUCCUGUAUAACCCGACAAUGAAUUCCACUACAAAACUCUAACCAAGCAUUGCCCGACCGAACGACGCCGGGUUCACCGAUCGACUACCGAGACCAAUUCCCUUUCAAUGGCGCCGUCAUGAGGCCCUUACUGCCAAAUCUAGGGUCAGUUGCGCGGAGUGCCAACCCCACCAUCUUCUCUCCAACGCCAUCUCGACACCUCUCUAGCCACCGACACUUCCACCCCACACCCGCCGCCUGGAUUCCGCGCCGCCGAAACUUCUUCACCUCCAAUGUUCUCCUACAGCAGGAUGGCAAAGAGCCGUCUGUCCGCCCCACGGCCGGCAAGAAAGGCGCCGAGAACAACAGCAACAACGGCAGCAACAGCAGCAAUAACACGAACCUCUCGGCCCACAAGAAGCGAAAGCCCCCGUUAAAGAACUCGCUCCACCGUGUGGCCAUUGUCGCCCAGAAGGGUGUGCCCGCGAAGCCCCCUCCGUCCGCCGCCGAACCCCAAACCGGGUCCGAGGGCAGCGCCACCAUUAGCGCCGUGUGCGUAGCCGAGUCGUUCGACAUGGACAGGGUGGAGGACAUAUUGAAAAAUCACGGUUUCUCGCUCGACCCGGAUGGCAACGGAUUUGAGUCCCACGAAGUCGUCCACGCUCGUGGAUUUAACACUGGAGACAUCUUCGUGUUCCCCUCCGGCACUGUGGUGACGUGGGGGCUGCCGCCGGACGUCGUUAACACGCUAGCCACCAGGCACCUCCUCCCAGCCGCGGAGACCCCUUUCAUCGAGAGCAAGGAGGAGGAGGACCUCGAGUUUCUGGUCGAUCCAGAGCAGGACCAAAGCGGCGUGACCGGAGACGUGGUCGUGCUCGGCACCCGUCGCGAGGUGGAAGCCGGCGACCGAUUAGAGACUACCCUGGCCAAGAUCGCUUUCUCCUCCGGCCUGGCCCGCAGCACCAAACUCGCCGUGCUCGAGAGCUCGCUCACCCGCUACCUCGAGAGCACGCGGCACAUCCCCGAGCAGCUCUCUCAGGGCAUACACACGCCCCUGUCACGGGGCAUGAUCCUCCAAAAAGCCGGCGAGCUGCUGAACCUGCGCAGCCAGCUGAACCACUACAACGACCUGACGGACGCGCUACCGGACAUUUUCUGGGACACGGAGGAGAAGCUGGAGACGUACUACGCCAAGAUCGGCAAGGCGCUCGACGUCGGCGUGCGCAUCAAGACGCUCAACGACAAGAUGACGUACGCCCAGGAGGUCGUCGGCGUCGCCCAGGGCGUGCUCGACAUCAGCGAGAAGAUGUCGAGCGAGGCCCACAGCACCCGCCUCGAGUGGAUCAUCAUCAUCCUCAUCGCCAUCGAGGUCGCCUUUGAGCUGCGUCGCCUGUACAUGGAGCGGUAUGAAGUGUUCCAGGAGGACCUCCUCACCGAGCUGCGCGCGCUGAGGGCGGAUAUGCGGAAGGAUGGGAAGACCGGGGAGGCUGCCUCGAAGUGAGCGGAGCGUGUCUUGGACAGGAUGGCUGGCGGGAUGCCAGGUAGAGAAAUAAUGAUACCCAACUCAGAGUUACUGCGCCGGCGUUGCUGGUGGAAUUACAUGUGUAUGAGAAACAAAUGGAACUGCUCUCCGCUUUCAA